GUAAUGUUGUUGUUCCUACAGAGUUGUGAUCAUGGAGAGUCUGGAAAGUGCCGUCAACUCCACUAACUUUGCCGAUGGAAGAAGGACGGAAGGAGUGAACGUGGUUGGUCUGGUAUCAAUCAUAAUCUUCUAUCUGGUUAUUCUGGGCAUCGGUCUGUGGUCAGCGUGGCGAAGGAGAGGCGUCAAGACCACAGAUGAGGUGAUGCUGGCUGGCAGGGACAUUGGCAGCUUGGUUGGCAUCCUGACUAUGACGGCAACUUGGGUAGGAGGAGGCUACAUCAAUGGCACUGCAGAGGCUAUCUUCAGCAGUGGUCUUAUCUGGUGCCAGGCACCCUUCGGCUACGCUAUCAGUCUUACCCUUGGAGGACUAUUCUUCGCUAAGAAGAUGCGGGAGGCUCGCUACGUGACAAUGCUGGACCCGCUACAAGAGCGCUACGGUGCGAGGUGGGGCGCUAUGCUUUACCUGCCAGCCCUGGCCGGGGAGACUUUGUGGUCAGCGUCCAUCUUGGCAGCUCUCGGGUCAACACUGACAGUCAUCCUGGGCCUGGGUAACACAGUCUCCAUCAUAGUGUCGGCAGCCAUUGCUGUUGUUUACACUCUCUUCGGAGGCCUCUAUUCUGUCGCCUAUACUGACGUAGUCCAGCUCUUCUGCAUCUUUAUAGGCCUGUGGGUUACGGUUCCAUUCGCUAUGCGCAACGAAGCGGUGGGUUCGCUGCACCCUGGGUUCACUGACUGGCUGGGUUCCAUACCCUCAGACACACCCUGGGUGUGGGGAGAGUGGACUGACUUCGCUCUCCUUCUUAUCUUCGGUGGUAUACCUUGGCAGGCGUACUUCCAGCGUGUACUGUCUGCUCGCACCAGUAAACAAGCCCAGGUACUUUCCUUCGCCGGAUCGUUCGGCUGUUUCUUCAUGGCAGUGCCAGCCUGCGUCAUUGGUGCCAUAGCUAAGGCCACUGAUUGGUCUGCCACCUCGUUCGGGAAGGAGGUACCUGCGGACCAGACCAAGAUGAUACUUCCUCUGGUUAUGCAGCACCUAACUCCCCAGUGGGUGACAUUCUUGGGUCUUGGAGCUGUCAGCGCUGCUGUCAUGUCGUCAGCGGAUUCUUCAGUCCUCUCAGGCUCGUCAAUGUUCGCUAAUAACAUCUACAAGAAUGUCAUUAGACGUUCCGCCAGCGACCGCGAGAUUCUGAUAGUAAUAAAGGUGUCAGUCCUGGUGGUGGCUUCCAACUCUACUGUAACUGCCAUCGUAGUCAAUUCCAUCUAUGAACUAUUUUACCUGUGUGGCGACCUGGUCUAUGUGAUGCUGUUCCCACAACUGGCACUGGCUGUACAUGCACCCGAGUACGUCAACACCUAUGGCUCCAUAUGUGCCUAUGUGCUAGGAUUUAUCCUCAGGAUACUGGGUGAGUUCUAGGUGAAUGUGUAGUCA